CUAAUGUGCCUGAUAAAAUUUCAGAUCUCUCACCUGUAUGUCCCAAUAACUGGAAUCAUACACACAAUGGAUUGUGUUGGCGUGCAUUUGAUAAUCUCCAAAUGACGUGGAAGGCUGCUCAUUCGUUUUGCUUGCAACAUGACAGCCGUCUUGCAAAUUUAACUGAUGUUCAAGUUAUUAACAAGACAGCGACUGAUGGGAGACGAUACUGGAUAAACAAUGCUGAAAUUAAGGUCUACCCUCCACAAGAUCCGUUGCAAGGCUGGUACUGGCUUGAUGGCAGACAAUUUAAUGCCAGUCAUAGACGAGGGUUGUAUGGAAGACUCGAGAGAUACACUGGUCCGAACGAGAGAUGUGCUACGAUUCAUGAAAGCAAAAGUGUCAGUUGGAAAGAUAUGCCUUGCAAUAAACGUUGCUCAUUUGUCUGCAAAAAGAAAAAACGUAUUAAGAGCACG